AUGUGCUCAACCGCACCCAAAGUCGCCCUUGCUCCUCGAAGAUGGACGCAGCCCGACAGCGAGUUCUUCAUUUCCAAUGACCCUGCCCUACUAUCAGUGAAGGCAGUCAAUCAAGCCUUCGGGCGCGAAUUUCUAUACUGGGAAAACCAGCUACCUGAUGAAGUCAUGCAUCAGAAACUGUACGGGGCGAUGAGUUUCGGCGUAUACAAGCAGAGCCAGCCCCAGCCCGACUGUGUCCCGAACACUUCGACUACGAAAAGUGUCGAACAAAUUGGACUUGCUCGGAUGAUAACAGAUGGCAUCACGUUUGGAUAUCUCUCAGAUGUCUAUGUGCUCCCUGAAUACCAAGGCUAUGGCCUUGGCGGAUGGCUUAUGAGUUGUGUUGCGGAAGUAUUCUCUCUUGAGAACAUGCCAUAUCUUCGCCGCAUUAUGCUUUUGACGAAUGACGAGCGAAUGCAAAAGUUUUAUCGGCGGGUAUUUGGCAUGGAAGUCAUUGGACAUGAGCGGCGACCUGAUAUUGGGCAGGAUUUGGUCUUUAUGUGUGUUCGGCCAACUGUGAAGUCUUGA